AUGGGUGGGAAACUGGCCUCCAUUCUGGCUCUGACCCUGCUACUGUCCAUCUCUCAGGCCGCCAAUAUAAGGGACAAAAAUGACAGGGAUGAAACAAAUGAGUCCAGUGACAUCUCUUCACGAAUCUUGAACGCACACAAAGAAACAUAUGGCCUUAAGGAACAGAACCGGCCAGACCGGGACCAGCAUGUCAAAAUCCAAGGGGAAUACGUCUCAACAGAAGAAACAAAUGAGUCCAGUGACAUCUCUUCUCGGAUCUUGGAAGCAAACAAAGGGAUCUCUAAUCAUCUGAUGGAAGGGGACGUGGCUCUGCCCAGGACAAGGAAUGCCAUGAGGUGUCUUUACUACGACUGCAAGUGGCCAAAGUCCCACUCUGGUCUUGUGGAGGUGCCAUUCAAUAUCAGUGACUACUAUUAUGCCUCUGAGAAAAGGACCAUUGAGAGGGCCAUGGCCACCUUCCAUGAGAAGACAUGUGUCCGAUUCGUUGCUCAUACCAAUCAGCUGCACUACCUCAGUAUAGAGUCCAAAACGGGGUGUUGGUCACUCGUUGGCCGAAUUGGAGGCAAGCAGAGGGUCUCUCUAAACGCGUUCAGCUGCCUCUACAACGGGAUCGUUCAGCACGAGCUCCUUCACGCCCUGGGUUUCUACCACGAGCACACCAGGAGCGACCGCGACCAGUACGUCAAAAUCCACUGGGAGCACGUCUCAGCAGGUGCCAUCAGCAACUUUAAGAAGAGGGACACCAAUAACUUGGACUCCCCCUAUGACUACAGCUCCGUCAUGCACUACGGCAGGUAUGCUGAUUCGACAUCCCUUCGUCAGCCCACCAUCACUCCGAUCCCCGAUGCCAGCGUGGAGAUAGGACAGAGGAACGAGCUCUCGGAAAUCGAUAUACUGAAGAUCAACAAGCNUUACGACUGCGGUGAGUAG